AAACGAGGUCGAAAGCGGGAGAAAUCAACAUUGAAAUCGGAAAACGAAGUCGAGCACGAACUUUAGGCAAAUCUAAGGCGAAGUGGCAACCAUGCACAUUUUUCAUGGUUUUGAAGUCGGUCAGUUCGUAACUGAAUCCAAGAAUGAGACAUUUUCAUUACUGCACUGCUUUUACUUGUAAAUGCAAUUUGAAACAUCCUUUUUGUUUUUAGACCUUUCUCAACAUGAGUGGCUGUUGUUCACAAAGUGCCCGCCCGUUGUUGUGGAAGACCCUGUUUCGCGUGAUCGCGUUCUCCGUGCUCGCAGCAUCUGGAGGGUUAAUUUUCGCCGCAGUGGAACAUCCCAAUGCCGUAAAUAAUUUAAAGAGAAAGGAAGAACUUCUGGUCAGCCUGAGAGAAGACAUGGCAAAGAAAUACAACAUGUCCCAAGACGACUUUGAUAAUUUCAUUGAGAUCACUGACGAUGCAUUUAAUAUGGCUGGGCCCUCAUGGAGUUAUUUCCAAAGCGUGCGGUUUGCAUUCGAAACAUUGACGACUAUUGGAUACGGCAGGCUAGCUCCGUCCACAAGUCUUGGUCAAGCUCUGUGUGUCGUAUUUGCCGUACUGGGCAUUCCUGUAACCAUCCUGGCAUUUAAGUCAGUUGGUGAGUUAAUCAGCCGUGGAAUCAGCUCCUUCAUCACAAAGAUUGAAAGAAAAUACUUCAAACGAGAACCGGCUAACGUGGCGGCCAAGAGUACUGCAGUGACUUGCGUGCUUAUGUUAAUAAUGUUAGUACUGGGAACAACACUGCAAAUGUAUACCGAUGACGCUAAUGAUAUGACAUUCCUUGAAGGGUUUUAUUUUUGGUUUAUCAGUUUCUCAACGAUCGGGUAUGGCGAUUACGUACCAGGCUUCUCUAGAACCACAGCCUCUUCCCAAAAUGGUGAGCAUUCAAAAAAUGCAGCUCGGAAAACAGCCAAUAUAGCAUUUCACCUGACUUGGACCACGCUUGGUUUGUGUGUGGUUUCUAGUGCGCUUAAUGCUCUGGCCGAGUUCAUGGAGAAAAGAUCAGCAGCUAAACGGCUUCGGAGAAAAUGCUGUUCAUGUUUUAAGGACGAUUCUUAUCGAGUUAAAAACUGUAAUGGAAAAGAUAUUACGGCUGAAGAAGAAAAUUACCAUAGUGUGACGUACGUUUAAAUGUCACUGGUUCGCUACCAGACCUCUUCGUUUGACUGAAAAAUAAUCCCUUGAAAUAAAUAAAUUGUAAAAAUUGGAAUUUGGAAAUGUUGGUUUUUCAGGAGGG